GCUUCGUUAUUUUGGUGUGAACUAUCUCGUAGAAAAGUUGUAUGUGAAUGGGUCUUAAGUGCUUUACGCUUUUCCUCGGCUACUUUUAUAUAAACAACGAAUAGCUGCAAUAAUAGUCACCGAUUGUGAAUAGUAACUUACGCACCUUACUUCAGGAAUGGUACACAUACGUUUACGCGAGUUAUGAAGUUUUAGCUUUUUUGCGUUAGAGAAAUCACAUCCAUAUGACCUUUAACAGCAAUCGAUAUUAGUAUAAAUAUAUCGUUUGUUUCAUGUUCAUUCCUAUAAACAAUUACUAGCUUGUUUUCGUGCUAUAAAUUAAAUAUUGUUAUUUUAUAUUAUUGCAUUACUCACAUUGAGUUUCGCAUAAAAAAUUUGCAUAUUUAAAAAGUUUUUCCAAUAAAGUAUAUUAAUGAGUGACAACGAGAAGAAUAUGUCUACUGAGGACGAUACGGAGGAAAGCUUUUCGCGAUUACCAUUGAUAAAAACUCGUGUACGGAAAAACCUUGCGGAUUUGCGACAUCCCCGACAAAAGUUUUGUGCUCGUUGGGAAAAGGAUUUCCCUUGGUUGAAAGCAGAUAAAGUAGACGAAUCUGUAGGAAUAUGUACAGUUUGUAACAAACACCUAGUAUGCAAGAAAAGUCAUCUGGAGCGGCAUCAGAAUUCUUAUAAACAUCAAAGGCUUCAGGGAUUUGAAUCAUUUGAUACAGAAUGUGAACCGUCACAACCAAGUGCCCCAGAGUUUAUGGAGUGUGGAAAACGUGAACUUGGUGGAGAGGAGCAGGAAUUUAGCCAAGCUAUUGAGUUGGAUCCAGAUUACAAUGUGGACUUUGACCGAGAUUCUGAAAAGCGAUUCAAAAAACAUUCUGCUAAAAAUAUGAAAACAUCACAAAAGCACCAAAACGCAAAUGGUUCAGAAUCUAAUGAAAGUCAUUCUAAUAGGAGCUUCAAACUAGAUCGAUUUAAACUGCUUAAAAGAGUCGACAGAGAUCGAAAUGCUCUCAAUGAGUAUUAUUUAAUAAGGAAAAGACAGCACUCUCCGCCUAUCCAACAAUCUAAGGAUACGUUUGACUUAUUUUUUGAUAGUGUUUGCGCAACUGUAAAAACAUUACCACCGAAACUAGGUGCGGAAGUGAAGGGUAGAAUUUCGCAAUUGAUAGCAGAGUUUGAAUUACGUGCAAUAUGCGAGAGGGAAGCACAAGAAUGUAGUAUUACAAUGCCAUCCACAACGACUGAAGAUACUGCAAUGGUAGUAGCUGCAACUACAACACAUCCUCAAGAGGUAACUGCAUCCGUAACUCAGGAGUCAGCAGUAAUUGACCCUAAUACCGGGGUUCCUCAUAUUGUUUACUCAUUUCAACCAAAAGCAAAUGCAUAAAAUACGUUUUAAAACAGAUCAGUCAAAUAUAUCAAAUAAAUUAAUUACUUAUAAAAUAAAUUAAUUUAUUUUCAUAA